AUGCAUUCACUUGUGGUCAUCACUGUGUCUUUACUUGUUUAUGAGCAGGGGUGUGAUGUGGAGCCUUUAUUAAACACCACAGAUCUGUAAAUCUCUCAUUUGGAUCAUUAAUAUGUGAGGAAGCUGCAGAAACAUUGAAUCACUGUGUCUGUAGGUGAGUCAAAUGUGGCUGAUACAGAUCAGUACUGACUGAUCCCCGUCUGCAUCUGUGCGUAUCUCAUCAUAUCUACAAUGUUUCUGUGGCAUGUCUUCCUAAUCUCUGAUUUUUACACAGAUAUGGAAAACCAGACAUUAAGUGAGGACAUCCUGCUCCUGGAGGGGUUAAAGGUCUCCUCCCAGUCCUCCAUUCCCACCUUCAUCCUCCUCCUCCUCAUCUACACCUUUGGUAUGGUAUCUCACAUCAGCCUCUUAAUCCUGAUCUUCAGGAGCAGCAGCCUCCACCAGCCCAUGUACCUGCUCCUCUGCAACAUGAGUAUUAAUGAUGUGUUCGGGGCCACGGCCGUCAUCCCUCAUGUCCUCCGAGAUCUUUUAUUAUCAGACUCAGAGAGGUACAUUCAUUACAUGGACUGUGUGGUUCAGGCCUUCUGUGUUCACCUCUACGCUAGUGCCUCUCACACGGUGCUCAUGAUCAUGGCCUUCGACCGGUAUGUGGCCAUCUGUGACCCCCUGCGUUACGCCACCAUCAUGACCAACAGGAUGGUGGUGAAGCUCUCGGUUGCAGCCUGGACGGUUGCUUUAGUCAUGGUGGUGAUCCUGCUGGGCCUCAGCGUCCGUCUGUCGCGCUGCAGGUCAGUUAUAUUCAACCUGUUCUGUGAUAACGCCUCCCUGUUCAAACUGUCCUGUGAGAGCGUCCUCAUCAACAACAUCUACGGCCUCACCUACACCGUGGUCCUGCUGGGCUCCUCCAUCUGCAGCAUCACCCUCACCUACCUGAGGAUCGCUGCAGUGUGUCUGAGAGGUAAGAACAAGGCUCUGAACAGCAAAGCUCUGCAGACCUGUGCCACUCACCUGGCCGUGUACCUCAUCCUGCUGCUGUCGGGCUUCAUCAUCGUCAUCCUGCACCGUUUCCCUCAGCUGUCAGACCACAGGAAAGUGGCGUCUGUCCUGUGCGAAGUGGCUCUGCCUGCUCUUAACGCUGUCAUCUACGGGCUGCAAAUCAAAGAGAUCAAGCAGAGAAUCAUCGCUUUGUUUUUCAACAGUAAAGUGGCUCAAAUGACAUGA